AUGGCUCAAACACGUGGAAUUACAUAUCCGAGCCGUAAAAGCCAAGGUGAGACGCCUGAAUGGGAACAAGAAAAUGACGAAACGUCCAAACCUUCGAGCAGCUUGGCAAGAUCCGAUGGCGUUCCUAAGCAAUACUCGUCAGAGAAUUCAGAGAAUGAAAAGCUCAACAGGAAGUCAAAGACGGCUCUGACGGCAAUCAAUUCGAUACUGGAAGAGAUGCCCAAAGCAAAGAAAGCAAAGAAAGCAAAGAAAGAAAAGAAAGUACCGGAAGCACCACCACCACCAGUGGAAGUGUUAAUAAGGACAGAAUGCCCACACGGCCCAUUAUGUAGACAUGAUGAUCCCGUGGAGGAAUUCAAAAUGGUAUGCCAGGAGCAGAAAAGCGCAGUUGUGGCAGCUAUGAGAGCUGAAGCGGAGAAACAGGUUCGCAUGUCACGCAGGGGAAAUGCUAAAGCCAAUCAGGAACCCAAGGUUAUUGAGUUCACUGCUUACUGUCGGAGAUCCGCUCCUGUUGAGGGAAUGAAAGCGAAUGAGGAGGAUCAGGCAUCCGAGUUACCAACCCCUCACGCUUCUCAGGUGCUCCUCAGGCCAUACCAGGAGCUCCAGCUACCACCGGACAUUCCGCCCUUCCCCGUGAAACAAGCCAAUGCCUAUCAGGAAUAUGAGGUAACUCAGACACCAUUGAACACACCACACAUGGCUGCAAGGAAAACCAAAGUCGCGAAGGCAUCUCAGAUGUUUCAGAUGCCACCGGAAUCUGCACAGGCAGCCGAAAUUACAGCCAAAGUCGAUCAGGCAUCUUGUGGGCUUCAAACAACGUCGAACAGUCGCUCCAUCGGAAGGAAAACUAAAAACGAUCAGGCAUCCACAUUACCUCCGACAUCAUCAAGUACCCCAAGCUGUAUCAAAAAGAGAAUGAAGGUCGCGACAUCAACGGACUCGCCACGGAGUGCGGAGCUAGCAGCAGAAGCCGAUCAGGGAACUGAUGCGCUUCCAAACUCACCGGAUUCUCCACAGACCGCCGAAAUCAAAAUGAAAACCCAAGUGUUGACUGAAGCAUAUCAGAAGUUGGAGAAGUCCCUACGCGCAGCUGGUGCAGACCUCGGAGACGAUCAGAAAUUCGACUCACAUGAGACACCUCCGCAUUUCCCAUGCUCCGACGGCGAGAAAAUUACGGUCGAUCAGGUAUCUGAGUUGCUUGAGGCAUCACCGGAUUCUCCGCAGACAGCCGAAAUGAAAGCCAAGAUUGAACAACUGACUCGGGCUUAUCAGGAACUUGGGAUAUCCGAUGAGGAAAGCGAAGCCGGCACAUUACCUCCGCCUCCCAAUGCUUAUGAGAACUCCCAAUGUUCUGUGAACGGCGGAGGCGAUCACUCAGCCAAGGCACCAAAGGACUUGUCAAGCAGCGAAGAAAACCAUGAGAUACCUGAGGACCUUCAAGGAUUAUUUGACGACCCGGAAGUACUAGAGAGCAUUAAGAAGUUCUUGUUCUAUGCCAAUUUGAGUGAUAAUGACGAUUCGGCAUCGCGAAGACGUCUGAAGCCAGACAUUUACGAUGUGAAGACUGAGACGGAUGAGCACAUAUUUGCAAUGAGUACUAACAGUCGCCUGACAUACAUAGAAACUUAUCAAUGCCGCGCAGUGUUGGUCUGCCUACGUGAGUUCGAGAUGCUUAUCAAAAGUCGAUCGGAUGACCAUCAACGCAUCCGAAACGUUACCUUGAAGUCUGCCAAAGCUCUGAAGAAUCUAAUUAAUACGGUCUACAAUAUCUGUCAAUCUGAGAAUCUGCUCAUGGAGCUAUUCAUAUUCCGAUGGCAAGCUAUGCUCAUGAAGGAUCAUGUACUUCGACUUAAUAAGAAGCUUAUUUAUGCUAUAUGUUUUGCUUUUUUCUUUUUAUUCAAUGGCGCUGUAAUAGCCGCCGGAUCCACUAUGCCGAAUCGUAUCGAAGAGCUCAAGCCCGUAUACAUUCAGAACUAUUCCUGUAUUGCCGAAAUGGUCAACUUUCGUGGAGUCCAAUAUUUCAAUUUGGGAGAUUAUCGACGGCUCUUCUUUGUCACUACCGUAGGAGCUACCGUAGUAGUCACUACGGCGCUCUUCCUAGUGUACUUGACUUCUCGGUCUUUACAAACCAAGAACGUUUCACAGAAGACUGUUGAUAUGCAAAGAAGAUACCAGAUAUCGCUGAUUUUGCAGGUGGUAAUCCCAAUAUUUGUCGUUAUUGCACCUGGAUGUGCUGUUAUGAUGUUUGGAGCGUGGUCAGACAUCAACGUUUCAAUAUCGUACAUCUCACAAAUACAAGUGGCUACCAACGUUGUUCUGAGUUUGAUCUCGUGUCAUGGACUAUUUGGUACUGUUAUAAUGGUUUUGGUUAAUCAACCGUACCGACGUUUUGCUAGCGAUUGCGUUCGAGCAUGCAUGAGCAUCUGUAUGCGUACUAAGCUUACCGAAAUGGAACUACGUCGACGAAGAUCUAGUCAAGUACGAGAUGCUCGACUCUCAUCAUUGGCAGCCAACAACUAA